AUGAGUUAUUAUGUUUGCACCAACCCGACAAGUGGUACGAGGAUUGGCGAGCCCUCCGACCCUGCCGCCGGGUAUCCGGGGCUCAACAACAGCAAGCCGAAAAAAAGACGCAGGUCUCCCAAUGAACCGCAUCCAGUUGCUUUCCAGGCCUUGCAUCUAGGUGACAACAGAUUGCUUGCCUGGUGCCUCAUGGCAAACAAGGCAUUCUCACACAUGGCCCCCACACCGUCAAUUGACUCGUCAAGACGAACUGAUUCAACACAUGCUCGGACCGACUGUGUCCGGCGAGUUCGGCAACCCUUCACCUCCGGGCUGCCGCACUCGUCGGCCAUAGACAGACCGAGCAAAUCUCUGGACUUGCUUGUCCGACAAACUAAUCGAUGGAGGGCGUGUUACUGA